CUGAGGGUUCCAUCUGUUAUCUUAAACCUUUGUUCUCAAGUGACACAGAGAGGAGAUGGUGCAAAACACACUUUGCUAAAGGUUUUAUUUGAGGCUGCAUUUUCCAGGUUGUUUGUAUGCCAUCCAGGAUUAUAUAUGCCAGCCCAACAGAAGAAAGUGUUAUUCUGUGUUGCUGGCGUGCUAAGUUUUGCUUGUGCUCUCAGUAUUGCAGCAGCCAUCGGAACUCAGCUGUGGCUCAGAGGAAGAAUACUCUGCAAAACUGGAGCGCUGCUUGUCAAUGCUACCGGCCAAGAAUUAGAGAAGUUUAUUGGUGAAAUUCAGUAUGGACUUUUCUAUGGGGAGAGGGUUAGACAAUGCGGGCUCGGAGGGAGACCUUUUCGGUUUUCAUUUUUUCCAGAUUUGUUCAAAGUUAUCCCUGCGAGUAUCCAUGUGAGUGUUAUCCUCUUCUCUUUGGCGUUGUUAGUGUUUGCCCUGAUUGAGACUGGGUUCUUCAUGUACAACGCAUUCGGCAAACCCUAUGAAACACUGCAUGGUCCGCUAGGGCUGUACCUGUGGAGCUUCAUCUCAUUUUCUUGUGGCUGCCUCAUCAUGAUACUCUUUUCAUCAGAAGUGAAAAUCCACCACCUCUCAGAGAAAAUAGCUAAUUAUAAAGAAGGGAGCUUUAUUUUUAAAACUCACAGUGAGCAAUUUGCAAAUUCAUUCUGGAUCAUUCUGGUGUGCUCGUUGGUACACAUCCUGAACAUUUUGCUAAUACGCCUUGCUGGAUUUGAGUUUCCUUUUUCAAAGUCGAAAGAUUCAGAGACAGCAAAUGGAGCAGUCGAUCUAAUGUACUAGACAGGUUUUGAACCAUGUUUAAUGAAAAUGGUUCAUCAUGACCUUUUCCCCCAAGACACCAAAUGUAAAUGGGUUUAAAGGCUGUUUUUUAAAAAACAAACAAACAAACAAACAUGUAUUUGUAUAUUGUGAGCCAGAGACAUUUACAGAGAUAUACCAGCACAAAAAAGGAAUUAAAUAAUAUCAAUAAGAGUUAUGUGGCUCGCAGUAGGUGAUAACUUGUCUCUAGGAAGGUAUUGAGUUGGUUUAGAUGUAAUGUCAAACAAUGGUUUGUGAUAACUGUAGUUUAGAUUCCUAAUGAAGUUGUGUGUUCCAGAUACAGAGAUAACUCGUGUGGGAUUCCUUUUCUCUCACCUUUCCUGAUAAUCCCUGGGUGAUUUCCCAAACAACCUCAAAGGUUGAGCAUCAUCUCAAACAAUGAUUUGUUGGUUCGGAUGCAAUGCCAAGCUGGUUUGCACAAACUGAGAUGUGCAAGCCAUCUCUAAACCAUGGCUUGCAGACCCUGUUAUCAGAUCCUAGUUUGCCGGCCACUCACAAACAAUGGUUUGCCCAAUGGCAUUUGUUUGGACAUCAUGGCAAACCAUUGUUUGGCAUUAUGUCCAAACCAUCCCAUUGUUUUCUUCCAAGAUCUAGAACCCUAGAGGAAUGUAAUGUUGCUGAAAUAGUGCGAUAAAAGCAAAAACUCAAAACUUAGACAGCCAUUUCAGUAGAAGAGGACAGCAUGUACUUUCCUCUCAUGCAAAGAAGAUGGUGUUCUAGAAGUAUUACUCUUAAAAAUCUGUGUAUCAGGACAAGAAUAAGAACUUGACUUCUCCCCUAGAAAAUUGGAAUAAGGGCUCCUUCAUGAAAAGGCACUAACUUUAAAAGAAACUGUAUUGGCAGCAACCAAGUUAAAUUUUAGUCACAGAAAAAGAGUUGUAUUCACAGGAGGACCCCUUCUACGAGCUCACCUCAUGUUCCACGAAUGGAAGACCCUUUAAUUCACAGAGUGGAAAGGUUGGGUGCCAGCCUAUAUUUUUUACUUAUAUGGAGUGGAUUUAGAUGCAAAUUCCUGGUUUGCAAACUUUACCAAAGAUGCUGCUCAGUGUGUUUAAUAUCAAGUAUUUGAAGAGCUGAUUCCAAACGUAGCACCUAAAAUCUAAUCUAACAUUGUGGCGUUUUUGUUCUCGUUUUGUAAUGCUUUUGUUUUGUUUUUCACUUUUAUAAGCUUCAGUUUUAGAAAUAGAGGUCUGAUCCUCCUGGUGUGCAAAGUGGUACUUCAGACAAUAAAUACAUUCUUCCCCUCGUU